ACCCCAUUAGUCUAUUUAGUCUAGUCACGAAAUUAAAACACAGGUGAAAGAAACAGUAGUAAAACACAUGACACGUGUAACAAAACCACCGACUUUGUCACUGUUGCUCCCCGGAAAAGUCCAAGUGGCCUUAGGUAAUCUCAUCAAACCAACCAGUGUCCCAAACAAAACUAGCGUCGGCACUCUGACGUCUGUGGAGCAGUGGUGUUUCACAAUCUUUUAGCCAUCUUUUCUGCUGACUCGAGUCAUCAGCAUUUUUACUACUAUGACAGCUAACAGCAAAAACCAACACAAGACCGACGUCCAAACCAAUCACCGCUCUCCUCUUGCUGGAUUUUCCGUUGCUUGAAUGAGGAACAUGGAAAAGAAGAAGAAACGAGAGACGAAGCAAAAGAAGAUGGGAAGAUCACCAUGUUGUGAUAAAGAGGCAGUGAAGAAAGGGGCAUGGAGUCCUGAAGAGGACAAGACUCUUGUUGACUACAUCAACAAGAAUGGGCAUGGUACCUGGCGAUCCCUCCCUAAACUUGCAGGUCUCCUUCGAUGUGGCAAGAGCUGCCGACUUCGGUGGACAAAUUAUCUCCGUCCUGGUAUUAAACGUGGUCCAUUCUGUCCCGAGGAAGAAGCUUCUAUUAUGCAGCUGCAUACCAUGCUAGGCAACAAAUGGGCAGCUAUAGCUUCUCACUUACCUGGAAGAACAGACAAUGAAAUCAAGAACUUCUGGAACUCGCAUCUAAAGAAGCGUGCUAAAGCAAGCCUCGACCAGCCAGAGUCCAUUUUAACAUCUGAUGACUUUGGAUUGGAAACUCCAUCAACUCGCCACAUGGUGCAGUGGGAAAGUGCCAGACUUGAAGCAGAGGCCCGGCUAUCAAUGGAUCCUUUACUUCUGAGCUCAUCAUCAGCAGCUAAAACGGAAUGCGACUACUUCCUUCGUCUUUGGAAUUCUGAAGUUGGAGAAUCAUUUCGUCAAGGAGUGGCUUGUCAAAGUCCUUUGUCUCAAGUGUCAUCAUCCAUAAAAGAUGAAUCAACUUCUGGAGUUACAACACAGACUGAUUCUGCAAGGAUAUUUGGCUCUGCUGAUGCCACUGAAAAUCAGAAGCAGGAAGAGCAUAUGAGCUGCCAUAAUUCAGAAGAGCUGCUUACUGGUUCUGAUUCCUCAAAGUCACAUGAAUUGGAUAAUUCCUCAGAAACAAAGAUGCGGCUACUGCAAGAUUUACCGAAUGGUAAUGAUAUGGAAUUUCUGCAAGAACCUAUUGAUGAUGUCUCCAUGUACCUGCAAGAACCAAUUUCACUGACUGACUGCUAUCCUUGGAAACAAUUAUAGUUGUGGUUAUAGCAACUUACAUCUGAAAAACUGCUGCAGUAAUUAUUUACAUGUUUUGCUAAUUACAGCCGCUGGCUGUUUAAAACUCUAAAUCAAGGAGCUCUAGUCCCAGAGGACAGUAAAUCAGGUAGCAAACCAAACAGUUUUGGCAAUUUGUAUAUGUACUGGGUUUUGGAAAAGGCAGAAAAACUUCUUUCUU